CCAGUGGGGAACCACCGUCAAACUCUCCUGAUGUGCCUAGACCUGCCCAGAAGGCGGAUUCUUUGAAACCACCCCAGGAAUUUGAGUCCUCCACACCGGCUGAGGAGGUUGCGUCCCAAAACGCCGCGCAAGAGGUCCCUUCUCCAAGUUCCGACCUCGUUGAUACGACCGUUUCUUUGAAAAUAACCCAGGAAGGUGAUGUCGGGACACACAUGGAGGAGGCAGCUCCUCACAAUGCCACUCAAGAAAUGCCUGUUUCUUCAGAACCAUCCCAGGAAAAUGUCCCUGUGGCACCCGUCGAGGAUGCAGACCCUCCGAACCCCUUCCACGAAACCUUUUCAUCAAGUUCCAACCCCCUAGAGAUGACCGAUUCCGUGAAAGCUUUCCAAAACAAUGACCCUGUGACACCCAUGGACGAGACAAGUCCCCCAAACCCCAUCCAAGAAACCUUUUCGGCAAGCCCCAACCUCGCCCCCGAUUCCUUGAAUCUGUCUCGGGACAAUGCUCCAUCGCCAUCCACCGAAGGGGCAGGUCUCCCAAACCCCAGCCUCGUUCAGACGGUUAAUUCCUUGAACACUGCCCAACAAAACGAUCCCGUGACACCCGUCGAGGAGACAGAUGUCCAAAGCCCCGUCCAAGAAGACCUUUCGUCAAAUCCCAGUCCUGUCAAAUUUACCAUUUCUGAGGACAAUGAUCCGUCGCCAUCCAUCAAGGAGAUAGCGGGAAAUUCCCCGAUUCCUUCACAGAAAAAUGAUCACAUGACGCCUCUCGACGAGGCAGUUCCCUCAAUUGCCACCGAAGAGGCAGGUCCCACAAACGCUGUUUUAGAUUCCGAUCCCAUAAUAGUAGACCCGGAGGACGAUACCGAAAUCCAAGAGUGGGAUUUAGCAACACCGCUUGUUGUGGAAGCGACGACGCCUCUCGAUGAAGUAGCUACCUCAAAUACCGCUCAAGAGGCCGGUCCCCCGAACUCUGUUUUUGAUUCCGAUCCCAUAAUACUCGACCAGGAGGACGAU